GGGAGACCGCUGAGGGCAGCGCGGCCAGCUCUGGGCCAGGGGGUCCAAAGUGCUCGGCCCCAGGGCACAGCCGGACGCUUGGGGCCUUCUUUCGGCAGGGGACAGCCUGACUGGGGACAAUGGCAUCUCUCAGCCACAUCUUGGUUCUUUGUGUGGGUCUCCUCGCCAUGGUCAACGCAGAAGCGCCACAGGAACACGACCCAUUCACCUAUGACUACCAGUCCCUGCGGAUCGGAGGCCUCAUCAUCGCCGGGAUCCUUUUCAUCCUGGGCAUACUCAUCAUCUUGAGCAGAAGAUGCCGGUGCAAAUUCAACCAGCAGCAGAGGACUGGGGAACCUGAUGAAGAGGAGGGAACUUUCCGCAGCUCAAUCCGCCGUCUGUCCACCCGCAGGCGGUAGAGACACCUGGUGCGAUGGAACCCAGCCAGGUCCUGCAGCUCUGACUAGGCUGGAGGAGGGAGGGGGGGAGGAGGAGGGGGCGAAGGGCUGGGAUAGGGGGCUUGGAGGGCUCUCCUGCCUCUUACCCUUUUCACCCACACAGAAUUCCCCUGGCACCUGACGCCUCCCACACACCUUCCGCGCGCCCACCUCCAUCUGGACUGUCCUCUUCCCCAGCCCUGCCCCCACAGACUCCUCUCUGCCGCUCAGAUUUCCAAUAAAACGUGCUUUUCUGUCUUGACA